AUUUGAAGGCAGCCUCUCUGUUGCCCUCGUUAAAUAAAUGAAUGAAGUCAAACCUCUUCGGGAAGAGACUACAAAGUUUUGCAGAAACAGCCGCCAUCUUUAUUAGGGGCAUUGUGACUUCCGGCUGGGGCGGAAGAGAACCUGACGGGGUUGGCCGAGGGCGCCGGGAUGAAUAGGGAUUGAGGUUCUGAGUUGGGUUGGAGGCGGCCGGAAUUUAGUCCUUCUCCCAUCGGCUUCCCCUUUCGCCCUCUGGCGUCUCGAGACAGCAGGCCGACUCAGAGCAGCUCUGGCCGCCCCACGGAGGGCUGCAGGGCCCGGGCCGGGGUCCGCAGGGCCUGUUCCCCAUGGGCGAGGAGGGCACUGGGGGCGCCCUGCAUCUGCUGUGCCUCGCGGCCAACAGCGGGGUCCCGCUGUUCUGUCGGAGCAGCCGCGGCGGCGCCCCCGCCCGCCAGCAGCUCCCGUUCUCUGUCAUCGGCUCCCUCAAUGGAGUGCACAUGUUCGGGCAGAACCUGGAGGUGCACCUGAGCUCUGCAAGGACCGAGGACACGACCGUGGUGUGGAGAAGCUUCCAUGACAGCAUCACUCUCAUCGCGCUGUCGUCUGAGGACGGCGCCUCGGAGCUGAGGCUGGAGCGACUGCUCCACGUGGUGUUUGGGGCCAUGGUGCUCCUGGUGGGGCUGGAAGAACUGACCAACGUCCGCAACGUGGAGAGGCUGAAGAAGGAGCUGAGGGCCAGCUACUGCCUCAUCGACAGCUUCCUGGGGCACUCGGAGCGCAUCGGGGACCUGACCCAGUGUGUGGACUGCGUGAUCCCCCCGGAGGGCGCCCUCCUGCAGGAAGCCCUGUCCGGCUUCGCCGAGGCCGCGGGCACGGCCUUCGCCUGUCUGCUGGCAUCCGGCCGGGUGGUGGCGGCGACAGAGGGCUGGUGGCGGCUGGGGACGCCCGAGGCCGUGCUGCUGCCCUGGAUGGUCGCGUCCCUGGCGCCGCAGGCCGCGCGAGACUACCCGGUGUACCUGCCCCACGGGAGUCCCACGGUCCCGCACCGGCUCCUGACGCUGACGCUGCUGCCCGGCUUGGAGCUGUGUCUGCUCUGCGGGCCGCGCCCGGCCCUGGGCCAGCUGGACCCACAGCUCCUGGACCGCUGGUGGCAGCCUCUGCUGGACCCGCUGCGCGCCUGCCUGCCCCUGGGCCGCCGGGCGCUGCCCGCCGGCUUCCCGCUGCACACGGACAUCCUCGGGCUGCUGCUGCUCCACCUGGAACUGAAGCGCUGCCUCUUCACCGUGGAGCCCUUGGCGGAUGAAGACCCUCCCCCGGAGCAGCGCCGGCGCCUCCUCCGCAGCUUUUACACCCUGGUCACAGCCACGCACUUCCCGCCAGAGCCAGGGUCAGUGGAGAAGGCGGAGGACGGGGCCCACCACGCCCAGCUGCCCAGAGCCUGCUACCUGGUGUUGGGGCCCGAGCAGCCCGGCCAGGGGUGGCGCCUGGUGGCUCUGCAGUUGGGGCCGCGGCGCCUGCUGCUGCUGCUGUCCCCGCAGAGCCCCACCCACGGGCUGCGGAGCCUGGCCACCCACACCCUGCACGCCCUCACCCCGCUGCUGUGAGCACACGGGCCCUGUAGUCUCUCUGUUUAUUCGCUCACAAUAAUACAUAGCCCCUGGCCGGGGAGGGGCGGGAGGGGCUACAA